AUGGGCAUCAAUGGCCGUCGCCGCCGGUUCCCCCUCCUGACCGUGGUUCUCCUGGCCAUAUACGCCGCCGCCGCCGAGGCGGAUCCUAACGACGAGGCUUGCCUCACCCACCUCAGCCAGUCCCUGGACGACCCCUUCAACAACCUCCUCAACUGGAGCAAGACCACCUUCGCCAGCCCCUGCCAGGGCUUCACCUCCUUCCUCCAGGGCGCCACCUGCAACAACGGCCGCAUCUACAAGCUCUCCCUCUCCAGCCUCUCCCUCCGCGGCUCCAUCUCCCCCUUCAUCUCCAAUUGUACCAACCUCCAGGCCCUCGACCUCUCCUCCAACCAGCUCAGCGGCACAAUCCCGGCCGAUUUGCAGUACCUCGUCAACCUCGCCGUCCUCAAUUUAUCAGCCAACGACAUCUCCGGCCCGAUCCCCGACCAGCUGGCCCUCUGCGCCUACCUGAAUGUCAUCGAUCUCCACGACAACAGGCUCUCGGGCCCGAUCCCGCAGCAGCUCGGGCUUCUGGUCAGGCUCUCCGUCUUUGACGUUUCCGGAAAUAGGCUCUCCGGCGCGAUUCCGGCCUCUCUGGGAAACCGGACCGGAAACCUACCCCGGUUCAAUGCGAGCUCGUUCGGUGGGAAUAAGGGUCUGUACGGGUACCCCCUGCCGCCGAUGAAGAAUAGAGGGCUUUCGGUCAUGGCGAUUGUAGGGAUUGGGCUGGGCAGCGGACUUAUUAGCUUGGUACUCAGUUUCACGGCGGUGUGCGUGUGGCUGAGAUUCAGCGAGAAGAAAUCGGAAAAUGAGGAGGGCAAAAUUGGCGGGUUCAUGCCGGAUUACUGA